AUGAGCCGGCAGCGGGAGGAGUUCCAAGCUGAGAGCGGGGGGAACCAUCCUCUAAAAAGGGGACUAGGGAGUCUGUGGCUCGGGGGUUCUUGGGAGAGUGACUUGGGUUGGUCCGAGUUUCAUUUAGGACCGGGGUUCCUGGGCACCACCCUCCUGGCACAGACACGCGAGAUGCCACCCUCGCCAAGGAAAUCGAUCAAGGAGCGCGAGCUGUUCUCCCUGACCUCAUCUCGAUCAUGCGCCUCGUAAGUGAAUUCGUACUGACUUCUUAUGGCCUUUUGUAUUGUGUUACGUUCCCUUAGCGAUAGGUCAUUGGAAAGCUGCUGGUCGGUGAAUCUAUUGCCCUCAAUGAAUGCUUGUCCAUAAUAGGCGAAACAGCGGACUACGGAUACAUUCCGGUUUUCAUAUGCGCUCGCAGCGAACCAAAUUUACAGUGGAGUGCCAUACGAUGAGAUGUUUGUUUAGAUUUGAUUUAGAGUCCUCGUUGUUACAGCCUAGGUCAACUUGCUUAUACUUUGGGAAAAUAAGAGUCAGAUGCAAAUUCUUUCUCUUAAUUAAAUAGCUGUAUUGCUCCCAUUCACACUGACCACACCUCAAACUCAACUCUGGACCUCGAAGCCAGUUCCACUGCAUUUUUUCAUUGUUCACCUCUAAUCAGAGACUGUUUUAGACCUGGGACACCAAAUGUGUGCAAUUAAUUAUCCGGUGGAACACAAAACCAACAGGCUCCGGACCUCGUGGGGUAAGAGUUGAGUAACCCUGACUGACUAUGGGGAGAAAAUAAUGCAAUUGCACUGUUGGCAUUCAUUCAAAUCGGCAGUUAAGAAAGCUUAUUCUAAUGUUCUUGUUAAUCUUAUCUUUUUUGGUUCAGAAUUAUUUUUAUUACCAUUCUAAUAGAAGUCAACUGACAAGUUAAAAAAUAAAUUGAGAUUUAAUCGCAACGACAAGUUAAUGCAGAAUAGAUCCACAAAGCUCAUAAAUUAUUUAACUUUACCAUUUAGAUGCCGUAGUCAUAAAUAGGCGUGUUUUGGAAUAUUUGUAUUCUGUACUGACAUAAUAAAUAGCUAACUCAGUAAAACUGAUGGGAAUCCUUGUGUUCUUAAGACAUCAUUUUAAGCCUAAACUGCACUGAGAGCACUUUGAAAACACUCAACUUCAAUACGACACAAUGUAUGUUGAACAGAUCAUAAACAGCUACAAAACAAAAUGUCAGGCAAUAUCUGAUGUGUAAUAAAGUGACCCAAAGUUCCAUUUCUAAUUGUCCAAUAGUCAAACCCCAAAUAGUGUUCAAGAAUAUGGAUGAAAAACAGUCCUGAAAUUCAGCCUAAAGGUCACUGGCUUUUCAUUUGGAACAGAUAAGAACAAGAUGGAAAACUUGUAGGAUGUCAGUGCCUGGUACAGCCUAAUACAGCAGAUAUCAGCACCAUAAUAAACCGGUUAGCCUGACCUUACUGCACACAAGGACACAGAAUCAACCACUAUACGUUUCCCUGUUACUGUUACAGAUAAUAGUUAUAUUACUAUGAACAGACUGCAUAAUCUUACUAUUUACACAAGUAGCUACUACUGUAUAAUCUAAUACAAAUAUUUUACCCCUACGAAAAGACCUAGAAGUCCUUCUGUAGGGCUGUGUGUCACGAUAAGAUAGUAUUCAACAUCCAAGGAGAUUACCAAAACUCCCUACUUAACUGGUCAAGUCUGGAUCAGCCAGGUAUGAGUUGGGAAAUGUUAUUAGAGACGUAAAUGUUACCUGGGAAAGCAUGCAAGCCUGCAAUCCUUCAUAUAGGACUGGGUUCUCAGAACUUCUCACUUAGUUUAGGACCUUUCCAUCUCUUGCAGGGAGAGCGACCAAAAGUUCAACCCCAAGUAGAAAGUUAGAGGGGGGGGGGGGGGGGGGGGGGGGGGAGUGCCGAAAAAUGGUCAGUGCAUGUAAUUGUGUAUGUAGGCUAUAUGCUUGUGUGAAUGUAUGCUUCUGUGCAUGCAUGAUCAUGUGUGAGUGUGCAUGUAGCACCUUAAGUAGUAUAUGGGAGUAUUUGAUGUACUGUAAAUGCCUGUGGGAAUGUAUGUGUGUAUGCGGGCAUGUGCGUGUACUGUGUAUGUGUGUCGGCUGGCAUGCAGGAGUAUAGCUGUGCAGCAGGCAGGCAGGGCAGGCCGUCUCCAGAUGUCUCCAUAGCCUGGGAAAACCUGAGGCGUUUUGGUAGAAGCCCUUUUAUUCAUUCCUCAUGUCCAUGGCCUCCUGGUGUUUAUCUAGCUCUCUGUAGGCUCCUGCUGCUCAGUUUAAUACCUUGGCAAUAUGACUGUUAUUACUACUCAUAUCAAAAUAGAAGUAUUGUCAUAGUGUGUGUGUGUGUGUGUGUGUGUGUGUGUGGAGGAAUUGGAUAUAGUGCAAAUCACACCAUAGUCUAGACCUAAGUUUGCAUGCAGUGAGUUUGCAUGACAAAGCCCGUUGGCUGGUUUUAUUCCACUCAGUGGUUAAGGAAAUGUUAAUUAGUUGGCUCUGGAGGUUUCCUUAGAUGUAAAGUUUGAUUUGAUAUAUUUGCAUUUAAGCUUUUAACUGCCACAUCCAAAUGACCUGCUAGACUGUGCAUCUAUGUGUGUGUGUUUGUAUGUUUGUGUGCAGAGAGAGUGUGUGUGUUAGGGGUUCUGAGUGGAGUCAGGCAGAGUAUUUGUGUCCAAGCCUAGCCCACAGCUAGCGAUUGCUUUCCAGGACUCUGUGGCAAUGCCUUGCUAAGAACACAUAUAUACUCUCUAGAGUUUGGCAAAGUUCAAGAGCCAGUAAACGUAGGGAAUGUGUCACUACGAGUUGAACCUAAUAAAAGGAGGAGGAGAGACAGAGAGAGAAAGACAGAGAGCGAGAGAGAGAGAGAUGUGGAGAGAGUGGUUGUCAUUACUAUUACUAGUGUCUGGUAAAAUGGAAAAUUAAUUAGGCUAUAUCCAAACCUGAUAUCGUAUUUCACCUGAAGGCAGGUGGAAGGCAGAGACAGGAAUGUCUUUGGGGUAAAAGGUCACAGAAUGUUUUCUUCGACUUAAGUACAGCAGCUUCCUCCCCUGUAAUUACCAUGACAUUGGGCAGACCUCGAUUGCACACUCUCUCUCUCUCCUGGGAGAAUUCCAAUAAUCUACUGUGGUAUCCUUUCCUAUGUCCUAUACCCUAUGAAAGUCCUGUCUACUUCCUGGUUCAAAUCCCGUACUGAUCUUAAAUGGGCUUCAAGCUUAUAUAAUCAACUUCAUGAAAAUGGGGUCUUUUAAGAUAAAUAUAUUUGUGGAUUAAUAUACCUUUACCUAUCCAGUGCCUUCAGAAAGUAUUCAUACCCCUUGAUUUAUUACAUAUUUUGUUGUGUUACAGCCUAAAUUCAAAAUGGAUUAAAAUAAAAAAUCUCACCCAUCUACACACAAUACCCCAUAAUGACAAAGAGAAAACAUGUUUUUAGAUUUAUUGGCACAUUUAUUGAAAAUUAUAUAAAAAAAUACAGAAAAACACAAAAAUGUUAUAAAUUGAUUUGCAUUUUAAUGAGGGAAAUAAGUAUUUGACCCCCUCUCAAUCAGAAAGAUUUCUGGCUCCCAGGUGUCUUUUAUACAGGUAACGAGCUGAUAUUAGGAGCACACUCUUAAAGGGAGUGCUCCUAAUCUCAUCUUGUUACCUGUAUAAAAGACACCUGUCCACAGAAGCAAUCAAUCAGAUUCCAAACUCUCCAACAUGGCCAAGACCAAAGAGCUCUCCAAGGAUGUCAGGGACAAGAUUGUAGACCUACACAAGGCUGGAAUGGGCUACAAGCAGCUUGGUGAGAAGGUGACAACAGUUGGUGCGAUCUCCCUCGGCCUGGGGCUCUAUGCAAGAUCUCACCUCGUGGAGUUGCAAUGAUCAUGAGAACGGUGAGGAAUCAGCCCAGAACUACACGGGAGGAUCUUGUCAAUGAUCUCAAGGCAGCUGGGACCAUAGUCACCAAGAAAACAAUUGGUAACACACUACGCCGUGAAGGACUGAAAUCCUGCAGCGCCCGCAAGGUUCCCCUGCUCAAGAUAGCACAUAUACAGGGCCGUCUGAAGUUUGCCAAUGAACAUCUGAAUGAUUCAGAGGAGAACUGGGUGAAAGUGUUGUGGUCAGAUGAGACCAAAAUGGAGCUCUUUGGCAUCAACUCAACUCGCCGUGUUUGGAGGAGGAGGAAUGCUGCCUAUGACCCCAAGAACACCAUCCCCACCGUCAAACAUGGAGGUGGAAACAUUAUGCUUUGGGGGUGUAUUUCUGCUAAGGGGACAGGACAACUUCACCGCAUCAAAGGGACGAUGGACGGGGCCAUGUACCGUCAAAUCUUGGGUGAGAACCUCCUUCCCUCAGCCAGGGCAUUGAAAAUGGGUCGUGGAUGGGUAUUCCAGCAUGACAAUGACCCAAAACACACGGCCAAGGCAACAAAGGAGUGGCUCAAGAAGAAGCACAUUAAAGGUCCUGGAGUGGCCUAGCCAGUCUCCAGACCUUAAUCCCAUAGAAAAUCUGUGGAGGGAGCUGAAGGUUCGAGUUGCCAAACGUCAGCCUCGAAACCUUAAUGAUUUAGAGAAGAUCUGCAAAGAGGAGUGGGACAAAAUCCCUCCUGAGAUGUGUGCAAACCUUGUGGCCAACUACAAGAAACGUCUGACCUCUGUGAUUGCCAUCAAGGGUUUUGCCACCAAGUACUAAGUCAUGUUUUGCAGAGGGGUCAAAUACUUAUUUCCCUCAUUAAAAUGCAAAUCAAUUUAUAACAUUUUUGACAUGCGUUUUUCUGGAUUUUGUUGUUGUUAUUCUGUCUCUCACUGUUCAAAUAAACCUACCAUUAAAAUUAUAGACUGAUAAUUUUUUUGUCAGUGGGCAAACGUACAAAAUCAGCAGGGGAUCAAAUACUUUUUUCCCUCACUGUAAGUAUUUACAUCCCGAGUCAAUACUUUGAAGUAAAACUCAGCAAAAAAAGAAACGUCCUCUCACUGUCAACUGCGUUUAUUUUCAGCAAACUUAACAUGUGUAAAUAUUUGUAUGAACAUAACAAGAUUCAACAACUGAGACAUAAAUUGAACAAGUUCCACAGACAUGUGACUAACAGAAAUGGAAUAAUGUGUCCCUGAACAAAGGGGGGUCAAAAUCAAAAGUAACAGUCAGUAUCUGGUGUGGCCACCAGCUGCAUUUAGUACUGCAGUGCAUCUCCUCCUCAUUUACUGCACCAGAUUUGCCAGUUCUUGCUGUGAGAUGUUACCCCACUCUUCCACCAAGGCACCUGCAAGUUCCCUGACAUUUCUGGGGGGAAUGGCCCUAGCCCUCACCCUCCAAUCCAACAGGUCCCAGACAUGCUCAAUGGGAUUGAGAUCCGAGCUCUUCGCUGGCCAUGGCAGAACACUGACAUUCCUGUCUUGCAGGAAAUCACGCGCAGAAUGAGCAGUAUGGCUGGUGACAUUGUCAUGCUGGAGGGUCAUAUCAGGAUGAGCCUGCAGGAAGGGUACCACAUGAGGGAGGAGGAUGUCUUCCCUGUAACGCACAGCGUUGACAUUGCCUGCAAUGACAACAAGCUCAGUCCGAUGAUGCUGUGACACACCGCCCCAGACCAUGACGGACCCUCCACCUCCAAGUCGAUCCUGCUCCAGAGUACAGGCCUCGGUGUAACGCUCAUUCCUUUGACGAUAAACGUGAAUCCGACCAUCACCCCUGGUGAAACAAAACUACGACUCGUCUGUGAAGAGCACUUUUUGCCAGGUUUGUGCCCAUAGGCGACGUUGUUUCUGGUGAUGUCUGGUGAGGACCUGCCUUACAACAGGCCUACAAGGCCUCAGUCCAGCCUCUCUCAGCCUAUUGCGGACAGUCUGAGCACUGAUGGAGGGAUUGUGCAUUCCUGGUGUAACUCGGGCAGUUGUUGUUGCCCUCCUGUACCUGUCCCGCAGGUGUGAUGUUCUGAUGUACCAAUCCUGUGCAGGUGUUGUUACACGUGGUCUGCCACUGCGAGGACGAUCAGCUGUCCGUCCUGUCUCCCUGUAGUGCUGUCUUAGGCGUCUCACAGUACGGACAUUGCAAUGUAUUGCCCUAGCCACAUCUGCAGGCCUCAUGCCUCAGUGUUUAAACCCUUUACAAUGAAGAUCUGUGAAGUUAUUUAGAUUUUUACGAAUUAUCUUUGAAAGACAGGGUCCUGAAAAAGGACCCUAAGAGCUUUCUAUACCUGGAUUGUGCAACGUUUGCCAAUUAUUCUUUAAAAAAGUAUUUAAGCUCAAUUGGUUGUUGAUCAUUGCUAGACAACCAUUUUCAGGUCUUGUCAUAGAUUUUCAAGUAGAUUUAAGUCAAAACUGUAACUCGGCCACUCAGGAACAUUCACUGUCUUCUUGGUAAGCAACUGUCGAUUUGGCCUUGUGUUUAAGGUUAGUGUCCUGAUGGAAGGUGAAUUCACCUCCCAGUGUCUGGUGGAAAGCAGACUGAACCAGGUUUUCCUCUAGGAUUUUGCCUGUUCUCAGCUCCAUUCUGUGAAUUUUUUUAUCCUGAAAAACUUCCCAGUUGUUAACGAUUACAAACAUACCCAUAACAUGAUGCAGCCACCACUAUGCUUGAAAAUAUGGAGAGUGGUACUCAGUCAUGGGUUUUAUUGGAUUUUCCCCAAACAUAACACUUUGUAUUCAGGACAAAAAGUUCAUUGCUUUGCCACAUUUUUUGCAGUAUACCCUUUAGUGCCUUGUUGCAAACAGGAUGCAUGUUUGUGUUAUUUUAUAGUUUUGAUGUCUUCACUAUUAUUCUACAAUACAAAAACAUUUAAAUAUAAAGAAAAACCCUUGAAUGAGUAGGUGUGUCCAAACUUUUGACUGGUAGUGUAAUUCCCACUUUGACAUUAUGGGGUGUUGUGUGUAGGCCAGUGACAAAAAGUCUCAAUUUAAUCAAUUUCAAAAUCAGGCUGUAAUACAACAAAAUGUGGAAAGGUUGAAACACCCAGCUCUUUCAUAUUGUUUCACUCCAUUAUUUGUGUCGUAGGGGAAUUAUCCAUGUGUAGGGGAAAGUACACUCACAAAACGGAUCAAACGCAAACCAGAUUCCCACACAAAUGCAAACCAUGUUCAAAGCACAACCACUGGAGUAACAGGGACAUAUUUAGUCAGUGAAACAAUGCACAAGCAAGUUGCAACAAAGCUCAAUGAAAAAACACUACAGAAAGGGAGGUAUAUAGUAGUAUAUUAAGGGUGAAUGUUAUGCAAUGUCCCUAGCAACUACUUUCCUUGGUAUUCUUAUGUUUGUCUCCCUUGCCUUUCCUCCAUUUGUGACACGGGCCAAUCAGAGUUUGUCCAUUAGCUGCUUCCAGAGGGGCAACUAAACUAGAGGAUCAUGGGUAAUAUGUAGUGUUGUUUAGUCAUGGUGGUGGCAUGCCUGUUUGAGUCAAUCCGCUAGCUUCACAGUGACAUCAUCAUCCCAUGUCUUGAUGAUGACCCAUCAGUGAUGGCUGGCUGCCUCUGGUGCUGUGUGCGUCAUGCUUUAACCCCCUGGUGGCCAGACUAAUGUACUACACUGACAAACAGCUGGAGGUGAAUGUAGGGCUGUGUAGCGGCAGCAUGCACUUAUGGACUGUGCUCAGGGACACACAUGCACAUACUCGUAUGUACACGCUCACAUGCACAGGCAGACACACACACAGACGCAUCGCACGCAACACACACACAGACAGAACAUGUGCGCACAUGUGCACACACACACUCAGUAUGUGAGCAGGUGGAUGUGUGAGAGAGAAGAUAGGAGGAGUGGGAUAUAUAGGAAAGGAGGAAAGUAGGGAGGGAGGGAGGGAGGUAGAACUGCUGCUGUCUGUCUGGCAAUCAUUCAGGCGGGAUGGCAGAUGUGUUUUUAAUAAUAAUAAGCCAUUUAGCAGACGCUUUUAUCCAAAGCGACUUACAGUCAUGCGUGCAUACAUUUUUGUGUAUGGGUGGUCCCGGGGAUCGAACCCACUACCUUGGCGUUACAAGCGCCGUGCUCUACCAGCUGAGCUACAGAGGACCACAAGGUGAAUCUGUUGUUCCAGAUGUCUCUUAUGUAGUUGUAACACACACAUGCACACACACACAGAGUUCGAGAGGGUGUAUUUAGGAUUGUUGUUUUUCUUUUUCUGAUUUAGCCAACGCCAGUUCAAUGGGCCGAAUCAAACAGCUAAUUCCUCUGAUUAGAACAUGAAGCCCACAAACAGAUGGGAAAGGACAAUGCACCACUAUGCCACAGGCAUUUCAAUCCAACAGGUUUAGUGACAUUUCCUCUAUGGUGUACACACACACACACACACACUGAACUUGAUGGUACGUUUUAAAAUACAGAUCAGAUGCACUCUGGAAAUCAUGCAAAUACACACACUAACUCAACACAAGGGAUGUUUAGUACAUUGAGUAGCCCCCUGAUAAGUGAAAACAUUGGAAGAGUUUCUGUGAAUCACUGUUCCACUGUGAGAUGCUGUUGGAUUGUAUUGUAAAUCGCUGAUCAACUCAUCCUUGACCGCUGGCUAUGUCCCUUCCGUCUUCAAGAGAGCGAGAGUUGCACCCCUUCUCAAAAAACCAACACUCGAUCCCUCUGAUGUCAACAACUACAGACCAGUAUCCCUUCUUUCUUUUCUCUCCAAAACUAUUGAGCGUGCCGUCUUUAGCCAACACUCUUGCUAUCUCUCUCAGAAUGACCUUCUUGAUCCAAACCAGUCAGGUUUCAAGACUGGUCAUUCAACUGAGACUGCUCUUCUCUGUGUCACAGAGGCUCUCCGCACUGCUAAAGCUAACUCUCUCUCCUCUGCUCUUGUCCUUCUAGACCUGUCUGCUGCCUUUGAUACUGUGAACCAUCAGAUCCUCCUCUCCACCCUCUCCGAGCUGGGCAUCUCCGUUGCGGCCCACUCUUGGAUUGCGUCCUACCUGACCGGUCGCUCCUACCAAGUGGCGUGGCGAGAAGCUGUCUCCGCACCACGUGCUCUCACCACUGGUGUCCCCCAUGGCUCAGUUCUAGGCCCUCUCCUAUUCUCGCUAUACACCAAGUCACUUGGCUCUGUCAUAUCCUCACAUGGCCUCUCCUAUCAUUGCUACGCUGACGACACACAACUAAUCUUCUCCUUUCCCCCUUCUGAUAACCAGGUGGCGAAUCGCAUCUCUGCAUGUCUGGCAGACAUAUCAGUAUGGAUGACGGAUCACCACCUCAAGCUGAACCUCGGCAAGACGGAGCUGCUCUUCCUCCCGGGGAAGGACUGCCCGUUCCAUGAUCUCGCCAUCACGGUUGACAACUCCGUUGUGUCCUCCUCCCAGAGUGCGAAGAGCCUUGGCGUGACCCUGGACAACACCCUGUCGUUCUCCGCUAACAUCAAGGCGGUGACCCGAUCCUGUAGGUUCAUGCUCUACAACAUUCGGAGAGUACGACCCUGCCUUACACAGGAAGCGGCACAGGUCCUAAUCCAGGCACUUGUCAUCUCCCGUCUGGACUACUGCAACUCGCUGUUGGCUGGGCUCCCUGCCUGUGCCAUUAAACCCCUACAACUCAUCCAGAAUGCCGCAGCCCGUCUGGUGUUCAACCUUCCCAAGUUCUCUCACGUCACCCCGCUCCUCCGCACACGCCACUGGCUUCCAGUUGAAGCUCGCAUCUGCUACAAGACCAUGGUGCUUGCCUACGGAGCUGUGAGGGGAACGGCACCUCCGUACCUUCAGGCUCUGAUCAGUCCCUACACCCAAACGAGGGCACUGCGUUCAUCCACCUCUGGCCUGCUGGCUCCCCUACCUCUGCGGAAGCAUAGUUCCCGCUCAGCCCAGUCAAAACUGUUCGCUGCUCUGGCACCCCAAUGGUGGAACAAGCUCCCUCACGACACCAGGACAGCGGAGUCACUCACCACCUUCCGGAGACAUUUGAAACCCCACCUCUUUAAGGAAUACCUGGGAUAGGAUAAAGUAAUCAUUCUACCCCCCCCCCCCCCCCCCCCCCAGAGAUAAUUUCUGUAGUCUAGCAUAGAUCAGUACUCAUUUUAAUACAAAGGUUUCAUGGUUAUGAUUUGAAAAUUAGAUUUUAAGAUGAACGAGCUUUAGAGAAUGAGAUUAGAAUCGAGUUAGACACAGAAUAUUCCUGAGAUUCUCUAAAUGAGUUUAUAGCCAUAGAAUCAAUCCCGUUGUCUGUAGUAUUUCUGUACCUGAUGCUGCUGCAGACUCUAAUGUGGUUCCUGUGGUUGGUCUUCCCCACUGCAGGUGGCUGAAGGUAGUGCUGUGCAGCCACCUACACUAUCUAUGGACGCUCCUCAUGGCCCUCACUGUGCUCUGUGUGGCCAUCCAGAUCCUAGGAGUCGUCUGGCAGUCCAGGUGAGUCUGGUGCAACUGUACAUACAGAGGUAGGAUCUUUAUUUGAUCUCCCUGUUGCAGGAGAACUUUCCCGCAAUGCAGGAAAUGCUAAACUUGUAGUGUAUUUGAGGUUUAAAAAGGCUUCUGAAGUUUGAUAUUUAGUUUUCAACAUUUUAGACUUGAUUUACCCUUAUGAAAAAUGUAUCAACCCCUACAAAAAUCCAUUAAUUAUAAUCCACUUAAUAAUUCACAUUUCCUGUUGCUACAGGAUAAUUUUCCUGCUGUAGAAAACUGGCUAAAAUUAAGACCCUACAUCUGUAGCCAUCAGAUCAGAUCUUCAUUCUACCUGGAUUGAUAUUGCUGGCAGUGAAACCAGAGAGGAAGAGGCGAAGCGAGAGGAUUUUUCUUUUUUGUAUGGAGGUCUAUGAGAGAAUGUCUAAUUACGUGAGGCUUAUUUGAUCUAAUAGAAGUUUCGCAAUGUAUAUUCUGUUACAAAUGUGCUGAUAUUAGUGGAUGCACGUGGCAUUCCGGAAACUUUGAGAAAAACGACUGUUGUUCACACGCGUAUCUGCCCUCUCAUUGGCUAGAAUGGUCCCACCUGAUCGUGCCUGCCUUCAAUCAUUGAGGACAUGUACUGUAUUUCCAUUGUUAGAGUGGUCGCUCGGCUAUCUUGUCAAUAUAAUAGUUCAUCUUUGGUGAAACUAACAAGCUUUUACAUUCCACUUCUCUGUUCAGGAUAAUUGUUUUGUUUUGAAACAGGCUGACGGUGAUUGGCUAACUGAAGUCUAACACUCUGUUUGGUUUCAGGAACGAUAAGAUGUUGAGUGAGAAGCUCCUGAAUGUGCGGUUUACCAUCGAGAUUCAGAGAACGCACCCGACGGAGCAGAGGGACUGGGAACGCUUGCGCUCUUCGCAUGCCCCUGUCGUAGAAGAGGAAGUGAGGUCACAGGAGGAAGGAGCUCCUAAACAACCGGCCAAAGGGAACCAGAAGGUAGCAGAACAUCAACAUGGCAGAGAUCACCAACAUUUAAAGCUCUCAAACACUUUCAAUAAGGUCAAAGACACUAGGAAAGAGGCAAGGGGUAAAGUUUCAGCAGUCAAGGCAGCCCUGCCCAAAGUCACACUGGGUGAUGAUGAGUUGCGUUUGGGGGUUCCUGGGUCUGUGGUUCUCCAGCUGGGCCACCCAGCUAUCAAAGUGGUAUCCACCCUGCCUCACAAACCUCUCCAGCUCCCCUCAACCAAUCAGCUGAAGAGUAGAAACAGCCCUUCCCUUCUAGGCACCAACUCUGUAGUUACCGGGGUGAUAAGCGAGGUGAAACCAGAGUUCGCCACCGCCACCUGUCGGCCAAAGAACCACAUCGUCUUUCUCAAGACGCACAAAACGGCCAGCAGCACCAUCCUGAACAUCUUGUAUCGCUAUGGCGACAGCCGCAAUCUGACCUUCGCCCUUCCGCUGAACAAGCACAGCCAGCUGUUUUAUCCCUUCUUCUUCGCCUCACACUUUGUGGAAGGAGUGAGGAGCCGCAGUGUCAAAGAGUUCCACAUCAUGUGCAACCACAUGAGGUUCAGACCACCAGAGGUGAGUUCUAUCAUCAUAGCACAGGAGGUUGGUGGCACCUUAAUUGGGGAGGAAGGCUCGUGAUAAUGGCUGGAGCGGAAUUAGUGGAAUGGUAUCAGAUACAGUACAUCAAACACAUGGUUUCCAUGUGUUUGAUGCCAUUCCAUUUGCUCCGUUCCGGCCAUUAUUAUGAGUCGUCCUCCCCUCAGCAGCCUCCACUGCAUCAUAGAUAAUAUCGAGGUUCAGACUAACACAAGUUGUAUUUUACUACUAUCUUAGGAUAGGAUUUUUUAACCAAUAAUUGUUAAAUGGUGACCAAGGCAUCACUAACACAUUUUGUUCUUGUUUUGGUAUUUUCCUGUUGUGUCUCAGGUGAGGAAGGUGAUGCCCCAGGACACAUUCUACUUCUCCAUUCUGAAGAACCCCGUUGCCAUGAUGGAGUCCAUCUUCAUCUACUACAAGAGCAUCCCCGCCUUCCACAAGGCCCGCAGCCUGGAUGACUUCCUUGACAACGGUUGGCGUGGUUACAACACGUCCCUGCCCAACAACCACUACGCCCGUAACAUCCUGACCUUUGACUUUGGCUUCGACAACAACGUCGCCACAGAGACGCCCGGAGACCUGGAGACGCGGGCCGCCACAGCCAUUGGCGCCAUCGAGCAGGACUUCCACCUCAUCCUCAUCUCAGAGUACUUUGACGAAUCCAUGAUCCUGCUCAAGCGCGCCCUCUGCUGGUCUCUGGACGACGUCGUCUCCUUUAAGUUGAACAGCCGGAGCGAGCGCGCACGGAACAUGCUCUCCCCGCACACCGCCGACAAAAUCAGAGCCUGGAACGCCCUUGACUGGCGGCUCUACCUGCACUUUAACGCAACCUUCUGGCGACGGGUGGACACUAUGGUGGGGCGUGAGGAGAUGAGGCGGGAGGUGACUCGGUUGCAGGAGCGACGUGCCGAACUAGCCAAAACCUGCCUGAAGGAUGGUGGUGCGGUGGACCCGUCGCAGGUGCAUGACGCGGGACUGAAGCCCUUCCAGUACGGGGAAGCCAUCAUCCAGGGCUACAACCUGAACCCUGGGCUGGACGGGCCCACCAAAACACGCUGUCAGAACCUGAUCACUCCAGAGCUGCAGUACACAGACACUCUCUACACCAAGCAGUUCCCUGAGCUUGCCACCAGGCAGAGACAGGCUGCCAAACUGGCCGCCUCACAGCGUCAGCCUGGUCCAGCCAAGGUCAGCCCAAACAAAGCAGCCAUGACUGGGCUGGUGAGGGUGAGGGAGACCCGACACAGUAGGACAGCCAGGAGUGGACCCAGAAACCCUAAUGCUCAGAACCAAAAUGACCUCCCCCAAAGUGCCCUGUCUAAACUCACUGCAACUAGAAGUGACAGAAACAUGCCUUGAGGUGGGGCUCUUUCAACAUGGACUAAUGGGACAAUCCACAGGAGCUCAUUGGUGCUGAGUACUGGGGUCUUUUUAAGAUGAACAGCCAAUGGCUAUGUUUUGUCUGUACAGUGAGGACAUUUCGCUGCACAUUAUGCUUACUCUGGCUGGCUGCAGUGCACAGGGCCAGUUAGCUGACUUUGGUGGCACUAGGAUAAGCUCUAGUGUUUCUACCCAACGAUACUGGACCUGUGUGGGUAGAGGGGAUGGAGUUGGAGGAGGAAGAGUAGGAAGGAGAGGGAGAGCGCAACUGGGGUGACUGUCCUGCCUUGACCGGUUGGAUUGGAAGUAGCAUCUCCUAAACCCUCUCAUCUAAUCUCUGCCCUUGAUCUUGUCACACACUGAGGUUUAGAAUUGGAACCCUUGGGGUGUACUAUGGUUUGAAUGGGACAUACUUGGUACUAUUGAUUAAACUGAUUGGGGUUGGGUAAGUACAGUAGGUCUAUGUGUAUGUCUGUCUGCUAACACCAAAAGACAAGCAGUACCUCCAUUUUACUGAAAUAUCUCAGGUCUCAUUUCUCUGAGUUGAUCUAAACUUUACUCAGAGACAAGGUGGCUCAAUUUGGAGGUGAAUAAAAUACGCGAUGGUAUGGUAAACAUGUAGAC